UCGGUUUAGUUCUUCAAUAUAUUAAGUCCAGCACUGAGUGUAAUGUUUCCGAUAAUAUCGCAUAUUUUACAACAAAUUAAAGAAUGGGACGAACGGUACGCCGUGAAGACAACAACAAACUUACCAAUUGUUAGUUCACCAGUACAAGUUAUUGUACUAACCUCUGCUUACAUUAUAUUUGUUCUCAAAAUCGGACCCUACCUGAUGAGAAAUCGUGAACCAUUUAAUGUGAAAUUGUUAAUGCAAGUCUAUAAUGUUUUCCAAGUUUUUAUAAAUCUUUAUAUGGGAUUUAUGGCUUCACGGCUUCUCUGGGUACCAGAUCAUCAUAACCCUGGUUGCAUAACAAGCUUACCAAAUAUACAUAGAUUGAAGCCACUCGAAUCACAUUUGAACUACUUAUAUUGUUUCAUUAAAAUUACAGACUAUAUGGACACAAUAUUCUUUGUGUUGCGUAAAAGCUUUAAACAGAUAACUUUUCUACACGUUUAUCAUCAUGUUCUAAUGGUUCUUUCAUCAACUAUGGUUGUACAUUAUUAUGGUACUGGUGGCCAUCACACCGUUCUCGGAAAUCUCAACGCAUUUAUACAUGCUUGGAAGCGGUUUAUUACUACAGCUCAAAUUGUCCAAUUCAUUAUAAUAAUACUCCAUCAGUUAUGGCCAUUACUUAUCGUUAAAGGAUGUACGUAUCCAGUGAUUCUUCUUUUUUCAAAUUUCGCAAAUAGCUUGACUGCUUCACAACCACAUCCUUUACGAAUUCUGCAGGAAUUUACUGUCUGCACAUUCAAAGAAAAUUUAUGGAAGUCUCCAUUUUCAUAA